AUGUCCGCAGAUCUACUAGCAGAGUUCGGCCAGGCGCCUGCAUCAGACAAGAAGUCCGGACAACAACCAUCACAAUACCAGAAAAACUCAUUCUUCGGUGUCGACGACGACAUCGAUUUCUUCGGGCCAUCGGGAAGUGCUCAGCACAACAAACCUCCCCAUCCGGACCCGGGAGCAGCCGGUCAAUUUGCAACUCCAGCAGCUUCGUGGCAGGGCCCUAGUCAUCAAGGAUUUGACCUUCCCUUGAAUCCACAUAGCGAUGUAUUAUUCGAUGCAGCAUUUGAUACACCAGCAAGUGAUGACGACUGGGGUGAUUUUGAGGGCCCUGAUUCAAAUACCCAGCAUGAACAAUCAACAGCUCUUCAGCAUUCAACGACAGCUACGUCUCAAAAAGCAGAGUCUCGGCAAGAUGAUCCACAGGGGUUUAAAACAAUUGACUUGCUAGAUUCACUCUCAAUGCAAGACCCCGUACCAGUUGUGAAACAUCCGUCGAAAAUUGCCAAAAAGGACCAGCAGCUCGAACCUACUAAUAACCGAGCUGAGCCGACAUGGAAAGAUGAUUCAUUUGAUGACUGGGGCGAUUUUGCCGAUGCACCUGCUAGCCAACCUCUCCCCAAAGUCUCUGAGAAGAAAACAAAACCACCUACAAAACCACCCGUCAAGUCCAAUAGGCCGCCUGCAUCAACCUGGGAUGACGAUGCCUUCGAGGACUGGGGUGAUUUUUCAGAUGGCCCCAGUGUGAAGCCCAGUGUGAAGCCCAGUGCGAGGCCUGUGCCCAAAUCUAAGCCUACCUCACCACCCACAGCCCAUAACCCAGCUCCUAGUAGCUUUGCUUCUGGGAACCCAGCCCCCGCAGCCACCGUCCGUCCAACAAAUAUCCCGCCGCCAUCAGUACUUCUCGAGCUAUUCUUAGAUGUGUUUGAGAAUCUUCAGAAGGAGGCUGCACUCGCAAAAUCCCAGCUGCGAUCUUCGGCUCCACCGUCGUCCUCAUCCUCAAAGGCCGUUUCAACGACAGCCUUAAAUAUUCACAAUGUACUUCAAUCGGCCGCCCGCGUAAUCGCAGGGCGAAGUCUCCGGUGGAAACGUGAUACAAUCCUUAGUCAGAGCAUGCGAAUCGGGCCUGCCCGUUCCGGCAAAGCCGGUGGUAUGAAACUAAACAGCGUGAACAAGCAAGAGAACAUCAAAGAAGAACAAGAUGCUGUCGAUGUGAUUACUACUUGGCGUGAACGGGCGGCGAUUUUCAAUGCGGUUCUACAAGCCGCAGGCCUGCGGCCAAUCCCUACGGUACCUGAUGCUAGUGCGCUCAAGGUUAUCACGGCACGGGCGGACCAGGGCGCACUGAAGGCCUCGCAUCCAUGUGCACUCUGUUCGCUUAAGAGAGAUGAGCGGGUGUUACGGGUGGACGAGCAAAAUGUUCAAGAUAGCUUCGGAGAGUGGUGGACUGAGCAUUGGGGCCACACAGCAUGCAGGCAAUUUUGGGAGAGGAAUCGAAAUCUGCUUGGGCAGCGUUGA